ACAACAAAACAGCCAAAACACUGAGUUCAUUUAAGUCAAGGCUUGAAACCCACCUGUUUAGAGUUUCUUUUGAUUAGUAGCAAAUGCAAUAUUGACCAAGAUACUUUAUGCAACAUUGCUUGAUGAUGGUAUUUGACCAAAUGUAACGUUUAUGACUCAUUUCAUUAUUGGUCACUGUAUGGAGUUUGUUGCUGAAAUGUGCUACACAAAUAAACAUGGCUCCACUCCUACAAACUGUACCCAGCAUCCAGUUAAAUGGGAAUCCGUCUCGUACCGGUUGCAUGCUGAGCCCGAACCCGAUGUCAACGCCUGCUGACUGCUGCAUCUGCCGGGAUGAGUUCACCAGCCCAGCGUCCCUCCCCUGCGGACACAGCUUCUGCCUGGAGUGCAUAGGAGAGUACUGGAGGAUCAGCGAGAGCUGCCAGUGCCCCCUCUGCAUGGCGGUCUUCCCCAAACGGCCGCAGCUGAAGACCGAGCGAACUGAAAGCGAAGCCGAACCGCUCAAAGCGGGAGAGGUCCCGUGUGACGUCUGUCCGUCUCGGCGGGCCGCGGUCCGGUCCUGCCUGGCGUGCCUGGCCUCGUACUGCUCCGCUCAUCUGGAGCCACAUUAUCAGAGGGAGGACCUCGGACGCCAUCUGCUGGUCAGUGUGGCGAAGAACCUGGAGGACUCUGUGUGUCGGCUACAUGGGAGGAAGUUGGAAAAGUUCUGCCGGAGUGACCGAACCUGCAUUUGCGCCACCUGCGCCAAGACGGAGCACAGAGGCCACCAUGUUGUUUCUGUCAACAAGGAAGCUGCUAAGAACAAGACUAAACUGAAGCGCAGACGAUUGAAGCUUCAGCAAGAGAUUCAGGAGAAGCUGAGCGUGGCUGAGGACGCGGAGCGGACCGCAGGCCUCCAUGGAGGAGAACUUCCAGCAGAACUUUGGGUGCAAACCAGGAAGCUGGUCAAACAGCUGGAAGAGGAGAUCAGCGAGCUGCAGGAGAGGAACGCGGAGCUGGAGCAGCUCUUACAGACCGAAGACAACCUCCACUUUCUGCAGCGAUUCCUACACUCCUACAUGACCGCCACGGCCAAAUCCGUCAAAGAUGACUGCUUUCUGGAAAAACACCUAACAUGCCCCAUCUGCAUGGAAACAUUUACCGAUCCUGUGACCACAUCUUGUGGUCACUCCUUCUGCAUGAGGUGCCUGGAGCUCAGCAUCGCCUCAUUUCAAGUUGACGAUGCUUGUCCUCUUUGCAAAAAGCAUCUGAGGAAAGCUCCUAAGGUGAAUAAUGUCCUGAGAGACAUUGUCCAAGAGGUGAAAAACACACUGAGCCAGACGUUUACUGGGGCCGCCGGCGAGGUGCCCUGUGAUGCCUGCACGGUGCCCAAGAAGAAGGCUGAAAAGUCCUGCCUCGUGUGCGUGGCCUCAUUUUGUUCAACCCACUUGGAGAACCAUUAUUCAGCUAAAAGACUGAAGGGCCACAAACUGGUGGAACCUGUGGAGAACCUGGACACCAGGGCCUGCCCCACUCAUGGAUGCCCGCUUGAGCUUUACUGCAGGAAGCGACAAACAUGUGUUUGCGCUCGAUGUUUGGAUGGAGACCAUGGGGAAGUUGUCUCUGCUGAAGAGGAAUGGCAAGAGAAAAAGAAUCAAAUCGAGGACACCAAGGCGCAGUUACAAGAGAGAAUCAUGACAAGGAAAGCAAAGAUUGAUGAGAUCAAUGAAGCUCUGAAGAGUUGUAAGGAGCAUGUUGGGAAAGAGUGGUGGGAUAUUGAUGCUCUGUUCACAGCUGUGCUUGAUGUUGUGAAGGCAGCUAAGGCAGAGGCGCUAAACCCACUUGAAGACAAGCUGCGGUUAUUAAAUAAGGAGUCAAAAAAUCUCAAAGAUGAGUUGGAAGAUGAAAUCAACAAACUCGAGACAACAAUCUCAAAGCUAAAUGAUAUAUCGGCACUUGAAGAUCACAUCCUGUUCCUACAGAUGUACCCAUCUCUUUCAGUUCAGGAUGUCAUGAAAGACUGGACGUACAUUGAACUUGACACCACUCUGUCUUUUGGCUCCAUGAGAGAAACCGCGACAAUGAUUGAAAAUAUUCAGCAGCAGCUAGAGAAGCUGGCCACCAUUGAACUUGCGAGAUUCACAAAGUUUGAAGUGGAUGUGAGGCUGGACCCAGAUACCGCACACCGGCGCCUGGUUGUCUCUGAUGAUCGCAGCAAAGUGAGAGACGGAGGAGAAAACCAGGAAGUGGCUGAUUCUCCGAAGAGAUAUGAUGUGCUCGGCAGCGUCCUGGGAGUCAACGCCUUGGCAACUGGGAAGUCCUACUGGGAGGUGGAGGUUGGCAGCACAAACGGGUGGGAUCUAGGUGUAGCCAGGGGAAGCGCCAACCGCAGGGGACGACCAGCUUUAAACCCAGAUAACGGCUACUGGGUUCUGGUACAUUUUGAAGAGUGUGAUGUACCAAAGCCAUUUACAGCAUAUGCAGUCAUGACGGCUCCACCUGUUUCACUGUCUUUUAAAGACCAACCAAAGAAGGUUGGGGUGUUUGUGGACUAUAAGGAAGGCAUUGUGUCCUUCUACGACGUGACGGCCCGGUCUCACAUCUACUCGUUCUCCAAGUGCUCAUUCCAAGACGAGCUUCAUCCGUUUUUCAGUCUGCAUAUGAAAAAUGAGAUCAACUUUGAGCCUUUGAUUAUUUCAAAAAUAAACCACACAGAAAUGAAUUAGGAAUGGAAGCAGUUGGUUCUCCAUAUUUCAGUCAGAGUAUUCAGACCUAAUUUUGUGUGGUAGACGAGGAGCAUUCAAUAAUUUGAUGCAUCACAGAAGUACAUUUAAAAAGCUUAAAAAUCAAGCUAGCACAAAUUGUAUUUUUAUCUGUAGUAACUGUAGUUUUACAAGAAAGAGUCAUCAUUUGGAAACAAUUUAAAUCCAGGAAAUUAGUUUGAAAUGCUAUGUGUAAGUCUGUGUGUGAAUGGAUGAACGAGAGUUGCAAUCUAGGCUCUAGGGUCAGGGUAUCUUUACUAUCCCCAAUUGGCAAUUAGUUUUACGACAUGGUGAGACUUUAAGGGUCAGUGAAACAAGGAAAGAACUGCAAUCUUUCACUCUGUUGUUUGUCAGCUUGACAGAUUUUUGUGUAACUGUCUGUAUAAUCAUCCUGAAUGUUUAUUUUCUUCGCUGCAAUUUCACACCUUUGUUUACUUGACAUCUUGGUAGACAAAACAACAAGAAGUUUGGUUAUUCUAUCAUUUAUAAAACUCCUGAGUUUUGAAUUCUUGGUAUAUUGUUUUCUGCAAG